UAUGAAAAAGAAGUAUAUACGCCACAAUAACUUCCUUAGCCGCAUAACAUCUAUCCUCCUCAUUUACCAAUUGCAUUGCUUCAAGACAAUCUGUCUCAACCUUCAUUCUGACCAACCUCCUCUCCGCCCAAGCUCCAACCCCAUUUUACUAGCCAAGAGCUCCGUCACCACCGAUGAAAGUUGUUGCUGAAAGCGCUACCCUAAUGCGGCUUUCAUUACUCCAAAAUCAUCCAGAAUAAUGGCCCCAGCUUCCUAACACCAAUACGAACACACGCAGCCCCAUCACUUUUGAGCUUAAACUUCCCUGAAUUAGGGGGAAACCAUCUCUUCACAGUAGCUCUUCCACAAUGCCUAUUCCCAGCAACCCCACUUCCAGCUGUCCUCACCAAGCCUCAUUGACUCCUUUUAAAUAGUUCACCCAAUUCUCAAAGAUAACACAAGGUUGCACUUACAGUUCCCUUAUGAUAACAAUUAUUUCGUUCAUGCCAAUCCAUCCAUAAUGGAAUAGCUAAGAGCUCAAGCUCUUCCUCACAUAAAGAUUUCAUAGCAUGCUCAAGAAAUUGAAUAGAAGUUGGAAACUAACAGGAUGAAUUUAGAGAGAAAGCCUGCCCUUUCCAACACAGCAACACACCGACCACAACUCCAAGUUGCGUGUAUAGGCGACUACAUCCCUUGUUGACAGCAGAAGCAGGUUCGUACGUAGACUUUUGGGUUCGGAGAAAAACUAGAAGAAAAAAGACCAGGAGAUCAAGAGAACAGAGCGCUCGAAAUGCCGGUGGAAGGCAUUGCCGUUGACAUCAAGCCAGUCACCGGCAUCAACAAUGGAAAGAUAACGCUGUCAGUGGUGAUUACCUGCAUUGUGGCUGCGUCUUGCGGCCUCAUAUAUGGCUACGACAUCGGAAUUUCAGGAGGUGUGACCACAAUGGUACCAUUCCUUAGCAAAUUCUUUCCGUCAGUGCUGAAGAAGGCAUCAGAGACCAAACCAAACAUAUACUGCGUGUUUGAUAGUCAGCUUUUGACAUCAUUCACAUCCUCUCUCUACAUAGCCGGUUUGGCCACAUCGCUUGUGGCAAGCCGUCUCACCAAGAUUCUAGGCCGAAGGAACAUCAUGCUCUUAGGUGGUUCUACCUUCCUUGUUGGGUCUGCUUUAAAUGGUGGAGCUGUUAAUGUUGCAAUGCUCAUCUUGGGUCGUAUCAUGCUAGGGUUUGGAGUUGGUUUCACGAACCAAUCUGCUCCCAUCUACCUCUCCGAAGUCGCACCACCAAAAUGGCGCGGAGCCUUCAGCACCGGCUUCCAGUUCUUCAUCGGAAUCGGCGUCCUGGCCUCCAGCUGCAUAAACUUCGCCGCCGCCAAGCACGAACACGGCUGGCGUUUCUCCCUCGGCCUCGCCGUAGUCCCCGCUGCCAUAAUGACCCUUGGCGCCAUCUUCAUUUCGGAUUCCCCCUCGAGCCUAGUCGAACGCAACAAGCUCGAGCAAGCGAAGAAAGCCCUAAUAAACAUCCGAGGCAAAGACACAGACAUCGAACCAGAGCUGGCGCUUCUCAUUAAAAAUAGUGAAAUUGCCAAAGCUAUCAACGAAGAGCCUUUUGUGACUAUAUUUCAGAGGCAGUACAGGCCUCAACUUGUGAUCGGAAUGAUUGCCAUUCCGUUUUUUCAUCAAAUGUCUGGGAUCAACGCCGUUGCGUUUUACGCACCGGUGCUGUUUCAGUCUGUAGGGUUGGGAAACGAUUCUGCUCUGAUUGCGGCGAUCAUACUCGGAAUGGUUAAUAUCCUUUCAAUUCUUGUGUCUACUUAUGCGGUUGAUCGGUGUGGGAGGAGAUUUUUGUUGAUGGAAGCUGGUAUCCAAAUGAUCAUUACUGAGGUUGCGGUGGCUAUUGUUCUAGCACUAACAACAGGUACUGACGGCACCAAGCGUAUCUCAAAGGGCUAUGCCAUACUAGUCCUGGUGUUGAUGUGUUUCUAUGCUGCUGCUUUUGCUUGGUCAUGGGGUCCUUUGAACUGGCUCAUACCAAUUGAGAUAUUCCCCAUGAAGAUUCGACCCACAGGCCAGAGCAUCGGGAUUGCUGUGAACUUUGCAGCUACAUUUUUGGUGUCCCAAACCUUCUUGUCAACGUUGUGCCAUUUCAAAUAUGGCACAUUCCUGUUCUAUGGAGGUUGGAUAUUCAUCAUGACCAUUUUUGUUGUACUAUUCUUGCCGGAGACUAAAGGGAUACCACUGGAGUCGAUGCAUACAGUGUGGGAGAAGCACUGGUAUUGGCGUCGGUUUGUUCUGGGUUAACCCGUGGGCGCUAUCAAUCAUGAAUAUUAGUACUGCGUUCUAGAUCCGAACAGAUGUGAUAAUGUACUUUUCUUAAGUUCCACUUCAUUUGUCACAUCAUUUGCUUACUGAAAUUGGUGACUCUAGAAUUGUGGCAACAUAGCCAUUUUCAAGUAGAUGUACAUUGAUGUCGCAGUUUUAUAACAACUAUUAACGUGGAUGUAUGACGUAUAUUCCAAAUAACAGAUUUUUGGUGGGAUAUAUAACAUAAAUCAACGAAAGCAGCCAUAGUAAAAG